GUGUCGGACAGAUUCCGUUGACAUUGCUGAGGAGGAGGAGGAGGAGGAAGAGGACUGGAGUUACAAAACCUGAAGGUUUUACUGAAGGGAGCCGCAGUCUGGUGGCCUCCCGCUUCACUGCCUCCAUACUCGGACACCGUGGAGCCAUGUACCGGCGGCCGCUGCAGUCCGCCGUCCGGAGCCUCUUCACCGGGUCGGCGACCGGAGCAACCUACGGGAAGGUAACGGAGAACGGGAGCUGGGAGGAUAAUGGGAUUGAAGCUAGCGUGGGGCAGAGAGGAGGAGGAGGUGGAGGAAGAAGAGGAGGACACACCAAGGAACGACCAAUGGGUGUGUCCACCGCGCCAGACUGCGGCUUCUGCACCCUCAGCCUCCUCACCACUGGCCAAGAGUUUCAUCUUUUAUCUUCCAUCUUCCUUUCUCUCCUACAUUUCUUUUCUCUCGCAUGUUCUCCCCUCUUAAUUUCCUGUCACCUCCUCUUCCAUCGUCCCCUCACCGCGUCUCCUUUUCUCUCCCGUCAGCUCUACAAUGUGAAGGAGACGCCCCAGCACACAGAGGAAGAAGUCGGGGCCUUCACGAAGCUCAUCGAGGCCAUGGGCUUCACCGGACCUCUCAAAUACAACAAAUGGAAAAUCAAGAUUGCUGCCUUGCGCAUGUACACGUGCUGCGUAGAGAGAAUCAAUUACGACGAUUUCUUUGAAAAGUGCGCCCUCCCUGACACACUCAACUCGUGGUUCUUGGUAGCGCAGCUGCACGUGUGGAUGUGUUUGGUUCGGAUGCGUCAGGAGGGCAGAGCAGGAAAGUACAUGUGCCGUUACAUCGUCCACUCCAUGUGGGAGGAUGUGGAGCAGAGGAGCAAAAUACUGGGGGUCGAUGCCAUCCAUAGAAAGGAAGCGACGAAAUCGAUGACGGAGACGUUCUACGCAGCGAUAUUUGGAUAUGAUGAGGGAAUCCUGUCUGAUGACUGUGUGCUGGCUGCAGCUCUCUGGAGAAACCUGUUCAAUCGUGAGUGUGAGGACCCCCGGCAGCUCGAGAUGAUGGUGGAAUACGUACGCAAACAGAUGCAGUACAUCGACGCUCUGGACGGGGAGGACCUGCUGCUGACGGGAGAGGUGAAGUGGCGCCCUCUGGUGGAGGAGAACGCACAGAGCAUCCUGAAGGUGGUCACGCCCACCUACAACGACACCGGACUGUGAGAUGAAGACUCCUGUUUCCUCUCAUCCAAAGUCCUCUUCUCCUCUUUAUCCCAUCUUUUUCCCCCCCUUCCUCUCUCUCUCCACCUGUAAUCAUGUGACGCUCCCUUCCCGUCUCUUUUCUCCUCGGUAUCAGGAGGGAUUUUAAAUUUGACAUGACGUCUGUCGCCGUAGCUUUCUCCUCCGCUCCGUUAUUUCUUUGUUCUCCUCUCGUACACUUCCUCUUCUUCUCCUCCGUCUGUUUCUGGAGGGACAGUAUAGUCAGGACAGUCAGUCAGGGAUUUAUUUCACACACCUUCUCGUACGCCCAUCGAUCAGCCAGUCAAAACGCCAGGAAAUGCCAUGCAUCAUCUUCAUCUUCAUCAUCCUCCGCCGUCACCCUGUCGGUUCUGAGAGCCUCACCCGCUUCCUCUCUGCAAACUGUUGAACGAGAAGAGAACGCGACACUCUGUAUUUAUAUUUUUCUGUAUUUUUUUCCACGAAUGCCACGCUGUGUUUAUACGGUAUUUUGUACGAUGUACCUCCAUGUUUACACUCUUCACCCGCAGAGCUGCGAGCUCAGACCUCCGUCACCUCCUUCACUGUAAACGUCAGGAACCUGUCUGAGUCAGGAACCCGUCUGUGUCGGAGGUCUGCAGCUCUCCGUCUCUCCUCCGGUCUCUCUGUACGGUUGCCACUGUUUGUCCCUCUCUUCUCCCGCGGCGCUCUCAGACCCGAACAGGAAGCGGCGUGGACGUCACCGCCGCUUUAAGAGCAAUGAUAAAGUUUUUAAGAAGUGAAUUAAUAAAAUGUUCUCUGGAUGUAUAAAACCA